CAGCACUUGAAGCGUCCAUUGAAAGUCGGAAGUAGUGGUGUGUGUGUUUGGUUUGUGAAACUUAACAAGAUGGCAGAGGACGACAGUUAUGAGUCAAUGCUGUGCGUAAAGCCAGAGGUUCAUGUUUACCGGAUCCCACCGCGUGCUUCAAAUCGCGGAUAUCGUGCUGCUGACUGGAAGCUGGACGAACCGGCGUGGAGCGGUAGGAUGAAAAUUACUGCUAAAGGCAAGAUGGCCUUCAUCAAGUUGGAAGACAAAAACACAGGAGAGCUGUUUGCACAAGCUCCAGUUGAUCAGUAUCCAGGCUGCGUGGUUGAAGCAGUCACAGACUCCAGCCGGUACUUUGUCAUCCGGAUAGAAGACGGCAACGGACGUCAUGCUUUUAUCGGGUUGGGGUUCGCAGAUCGCGGCGACUCAUUUGACUUUAAUGUUGCUUUACAAGACCAUUUUAAGUGGGUCAAGCAAGAAGGUGAGCUGGCAAAGCAGGAGGCCUCUCAGAGCACUGCGCCUAAACUGGACCUGAGCUUCAAGGAGGGACAGACCAUUAAGAUCAGCAUCGGGAACAUUAAGAAGAAGGAUGCAGGAGGUGCCAAACCACGACCUGCAGCUGGUGGUCUGCUCCCUCCUCCUCCAGGAGCAAAGGCUGGAGGAAGCGUCCUCCCGCCACCUGGAGGAGAGCAGCUUGUCUCAGCUGCACAGAUUAACACCGCUCCUCUUUUAGACUUCGGCUCCCUGGUCCCCGCGGCCCAGCCCAGCUCAGACCUGUGGGGAGAUUUCACAUCUGCAGGCUCCAACUCCAACAAAGACGCUGUCCAGUCAGGAUGGGUGCAGUUCAGUUGAGUCAAAGAAAACAAACUCACACUCAGGUUCCAAACAUUCCCUGGACAGGACGAUUGUGACAAAAACAAAAAGAGAAGACUUCACAGCUGCUUUUACUUCGUACAAUAAGAAUAGCCCGUUGACCAACACACUCUGGAGGAUCAAACAUCAAUAUUUUUACAGUUCUUUCUCUGCUAUGCAGUAGGAUUCAUUCUUAGAUUUGAUUUUUGUUUUUUAAACAAGGGGAAAUUUGUCUCGUUACACUAAUCAGAAUAUUACUUCUCCACCUUGAAUCAAAUAUUCCUUGUUUUGCUACAUUAGAUUAGUCCUUCCACUGUUUAUUUUCCCAGAAUCUGAUUUUAUUUCCUUUUUGUUCUGCAACAUUUUGUCUACAGGUUCACGUUUCCUGUCCUAGAAAGAUCUCGUUACACUUAAUGUUGCUCAUCUCAAGCUUUUGCUUCCUUGUGGGAAAUCGUUUAUUUCUUUUAGCUGUAUAACAGCAUAAACUCUUAAAUAUUUCUUAACACCCGAUCCUAAGUUUUACAUUAAGGCUCAUAACAAGACUUUCUUUUAAAUCACUUUUGGGGAAUAGAAGAUGCUGUUGUGUUUUUGAAAUGUGCCUUUUACCUUACUGAAAUCUCCUUUUUCUUCCACCUUAAUCUGAUGAAGUGCCUUCCUGAAA